AUGGCAGCCACUGACCUAUCCUCAAUAUGGGCGCUGCCUGCACAGGACUCUGCCUGUUUCUAUAUGAGAAAUACUAAGGGGGAAAGGAUAGUGCCAGGAUUUCCAGCAACUUGGUUACAGGGACCAAUGUCUUUUAAAGAUGUGGCUGUGGAGUUCACGCAGGAGGAGUGGAUGAUGCUGGACUCUGCUCAGAGAAGUAUGUACAGAGAUGUGAUGUUGGAAAACUAUAUAAAUCUCACCUUAGUGGAAUAUCAAUUAUGCAAGCCUGUGAUCUCCCUGUUGGGUCAAGAAGACAUAAGAACUGUGAAAAGCAGAAUUCCCCAAGGCACCUGUUCAGACUGGGAGAUUCAAUUCAAAACCAAAGAGUCAACUUCUGAUCAGAAUAUUUUGGGUGAAAAAUCAUCUGGUGGCAUGAAAAUAAUAAGAUUCACAAUGGAUGAUUUGUCUUCUAUAUUAAAAGAAGACUGGGAAUGCGGUAGGAUCAGAAAACAGCACAAGAUCCCAGAGGGAAUUUUGAGGCAAGUGACAUUUACUCAAAAGAAGACAGCAUCUCAGGAGAGAUUGUUUGACUAUCAUGAAUUAGAGGAAAACUCUAAACUUAGAUCAGCACUUGUUUUUUCAAGGAGAGUUUCUACCAGUAAACAUUGCCAUAAAUGUUACUUAAAUAUUGAGUGUUUGAAACAUAAUCCAACCCUAAACAAUUUUGAAAAUAUCUCUGUAAGUGAGAGGCUCUGUGGAAGUCAUGAAUAUGACAGAACUCUGUGGCAUCUUGAAAGAACUCAAAUAGCACAGAGAGUGUACACAUGUUGCAAAUGUGACACACACUUCAAACAUAAUAAUAUGCUUCCUAUAUGCAACAAUUUUUGCAUGGUGGAGAAUUCCUGUGAAUGUAAUAAAAACAAAAUCUUUUGUCAUCAUUCAUCCCUUGAGCAACAGGAGCAAACUCCUACUGAAGAGAAACAUGAAUGUAAUCAGUGUGGAAAAACUUUCAAAAGGAUUUCUAAUCUUAUUUUGCACCAGAGAAGUCACAUGAGUGAGAAACAAUAUGAAUGUAAAGAAUGUGGGAAAAUCUUCAAUGAUUCCUCAACCCUAAGGAGACAUGUAAGAACUCACACUGGUGAGAAACCUUAUGAAUGUAAUCAGUGUGGAAAAGCUUUCAGUCAAAAAACAUCUCUUAAGGUUCAUGUGAGAACUCACACUGGAGAGAAACCUUAUGAGUGUAAUCAUUGUGGAAAAUCCUUUGGCACAAGUUCUUACCUUAUAGUGCACAAGAGAAUACACAGUGGGGAGAAACGCUAUGAAUGUGAUGACUGUGGAAAAGCCUUCAACACAAGCUCUCACCUUAAAGUUCACAAGAAAAUACACACUGGAGAGAAUCUUUAUGAAUGCACUGACUGUGGGAAGGUUUUUAGUGGUCUCUCAUCUCUUAGAAUGCAUGUGAGAACUCAUACAGGGGAGAAACCCUAUGAAUGUAAGGAAUGUAGGAAAACCUUCAGUGUUUCCUCUUCUCUUAGAAGACAUGUGAGAACUCAUACUGGAGAGAAACCCUAUGAAUGUAUUCAAUGUGGAAAAACCUUCAGUCAGAGUUCUUCACUUAUUAUACAUAAGAGAAUUCAUACUGGAAGAGAAACCCUGUAA